CUUCUUCUUCUUUCCUGUUUUUGUCUUGUUCCAAGAUGUUCCCAGAAUGGUUGGAAUAUAAGGCUGGACAAGAGCCCGAAACGAAGACAAAUAGCUCUUCUCCAUUCCAUUGAUCGAUCUGGAUAACGAUUCGUCUAUCCAGAGAUUUGGGGGGAGUGGGUGAUUUUGCGCCGGCAGGUGGUAGCUUAAACCCUGGAUUUUGGUGAGACUUCGAGCUGGUUUCUCACCCACAACUUUUGGCGAUCUGUAAAAGGUUGGAUUUUGUUGCUUGUUGUACUGCCCUUUCAGCUCUUGUUCAAGCAUGAUCCUAUAGUUUCUGAGGAAGCAGAACAAAGAAAUGGGGAGCAUCAAGGAAGAGAAAUUCAGGUUUUGUGUUGAUCGGGGAGGAACAUUCACAGACAUCUAUGCAGAAGUCCCUGGCAAGUCAGACUGUUGUGUGAUGAAGCUUUUGUCUGUGGAUCCAUCAAACUAUGAUGAUGCUCCCAUUGAAGGGAUUCGAAGGAUCCUAGAAGAGUAUACCGGUCAGAAAAUCCCACGGUCUUCCAAGAUUCCCACAGACAAAAUUGAGUGGAUUCGUAUGGGCACCACUGUUGCCACAAACGCUCUUCUGGAGCGGAAAGGUGAGAGGAUUGCUCUCUGUGUGACUAGGGGCUUUGGAGACUUGCUUCAGAUUGGAAACCAAGCUCGGCCAAACAUCUUUGACCUCACGGUCUCGAAGCCCUCAAACCUCUACGAGGAAGUCAUAGAGGUUGAUGAGAGAAUUGAACUUGUGCUGGAUAAAGAGAAUGCUUCUUCUUCAAUCGAAGGAAUAUCUGGGGAGCUUAUCAGGGUGGCAAAGCCUCUGGAUGUAGAAGCACUAAAACCUUCACUAAAAGGUCUCCUCGAUAAAGGGAUAAGCUGUUUGGCUGUUGUGUUGAUGCAUUCAUACACUUACCCUCAGCAUGAAAUCUUGGUUCAGCAGUUAGCUUUGAGUAUGGGUUUCAGGCAUGUCUCUCUGUCAUCAGCUUUGACUCCCAUGGUUCGUGCUGUUCCCCGAGGCCUGACAGCUAGUGUUGAUGCCUAUCUGACUCCAGUCAUUAAGGAGUACUUAUCAGGCUUCAUGUCAAGAUUUGAAGGGGGCGCUGAGAAGGUGAAUGUAUUGUUUAUGCAAUCAGAUGGAGGCCUUGCACCAGAGCAAAGCUUUUCUGGACACAAAGCAGUCCUUUCAGGUCCUGCAGGAGGGGUUGUUGGUUACUCACAGACCCUCUUUGGGCUGGAAACAUCUAAACCCCUGAUUGGGUUCGACAUGGGUGGCACAUCCACCGAUGUAAGCCGCUAUGAUGGAAGCUAUGAGCAAGUUCUCGAAACCCAGAUUGCUGGGGCUAUAAUACAAGCACCUCAGCUUGACAUAAACACUGUUGCUGCAGGUGGUGGUUCUAAGCUGAAAUUUCAAUUUGGAUCCUUCCGGGUAGGACCUGAAUCAGUUGGGGCACAUCCUGGUCCAGUUUGUUACAGGAAAGGUGGGGAAUUAGCAGUUACAGAUGCUAAUUUGAUAUUAGGGACUGUUAUUCCUGACUACUUCCCAUCCAUCUUUGGCCCUAAAGAAGAUCAGCCUUUGGAUAUAGAAGCCACAAGAAAAGCAUUCGAGAAGCUCUCUGUUGAAAUAAAUUCUUACACGAAAAGCCAGGACCCUUCAGCAAAGGUUAUGACGGUAGAGGAGAUUGCUCUUGGAUUUGUGAAUGUGGCUAUUGAAACAAUGUGUCGACCUAUACGUCAGCUAACUGAAAUGAAGGGGCAUGAAACAAGAAACCAUGCACUGGCUUGCUUUGGGGGUGCAGGUCCACAGCAUGCAUGUGCUAUUGCCAGGUCACUGGGCAUGUCUGAAGUCCUUAUCCACCGGUUUUGUGGGAUAUUGAGUGCUUACGGAAUGGGCUUGGCUGAUGUUGUUGAAGAGGCACAGGAGCCAUAUUCUUCUGUUUAUGGUCCUGAUUCUGUGCUCGAGGCAUCUCAAAGGGAGGCUGCUCUGUUAACAUUAGUAAAACAAAAGCUGAAAGAUCAGGGUUUCAGAGAUGAAAGCAUCAAGACAGAGUCUUAUUUAAACUUGAGAUAUGAGGGCACAGAUACGGCCAUGAUGGUUAAAAAACCAAAGGAAGAUGGGAAUGAUUAUGCUGCCGAGUUUGUAAGGCUGUUUCAGCAGGAGUAUGGGUUCAAACUUCAAAACAGGAAAAUCCUUAUCUGUGAUGUGAGGGUUCGAGGUAUUGGAGUCACCAACAUCUUGAAGCCUCAAGAACUUGAACCUGCUUUGGCAAAUCCUGUAGCAGAAGGUUCUUAUAAGAUAUACUUUGGUAAUGGGUGGCAAGACACACCAUUAUUCAAGCUUGAGAAGCUGGGUUGUGGGCACAUUUUGCAAGGCCCUGCAAUAAUCAUGAAUGGGAACAGUACAGUGAUUGUUGAACCUGACUGUAGAGCCAGCAUUACCAACUAUGGUAAUAUAAAGAUUGAGGUUAACUCAGCCCCAAGCACCGUAGAGAUUGCAGACAGGGUUGCGGAUGUGGUGCAGCUUUCUAUAUUCAACCAUCGGUUCAUGGGCAUUGCUGAACAGAUGGGUCGGACCCUUCAAAGAACUUCUAUUUCAACAAACAUAAAGGAGAGACUGGAUUUUUCUUGUGCUUUGUUUGGCCCAGAUGGAGGACUUGUUGCAAAUGCUCCUCAUGUCCCUGUGCACCUUGGGGCCAUGUCAAGCACAGUGUGUUGGCAACUCAAACAUUGGGGUGAAAACCUCAAUGAAGGAGAUGUUUUGGUAACUAAUCAUCCUUGUGCAGGAGGAAGCCAUCUACCUGAUAUAACUGUGAUUACUCCAGUCUUUGAUAAUGGUAAGCUGGUAUUUUUUGUGGCAAGCAGAGGGCACCAUGCAGAAAUUGGCGGGAUAACUCCAGGAAGCAUGCCACCCUUCUCAAAAGCUAUAUGGGAGGAAGGUGUGGCCAUUAAAGCAUUCAAGCUUGUUGAAAGAGGUGUCUUUCAAGAAGAUGGAAUCAUUCAUCUGCUUCAGACACCUGGUUGGGAUGAACAUUCAUGUUGUAAGGUCCCAGGGACCCGUAGGCUUCAGGAUAAUUUGUCUGAUCUUCGAGCCCAAGUGGCAGCAAACCAGAGGGGAAUCACACUUAUCAAAGAACUCAUCGAUCAAUAUGGUUUGAAUACUGUUCAAUCCUACAUGACCCAUGUUCAGAAAAAUGCUGAACAUGCUGUGAGGGAAAUGCUCAAAGUAGUUGCUGGUAGAGUUGAACAAGAAAAAGGGGCUGCUGUUAUCGAAGAAGAAGACUAUAUGGAUGAUGGCUCUGUUAUCCACCUUAAGCUCAGCGUUGAUGUCAAGAAGGGCGAAGCUACUUUUGACUUUGAAGGGACAAGCCCAGAAGUUUAUGGCAAUUGGAAUGCCCCUGAAGCAGUAACAGCUGCAGCUGUGAUCUACUGCCUCCGCUGUCUGGUGGAUGUUGAUAUCCCAUUGAAUCAAGGGUGCCUAGCUCCUGUAAGAAUCCAGAUUCCUGAGGGUUCUUUCCUUUCUCCUAGUGAUAAGGCUGCUGUGGUGGGUGGUAAUGUGCUCACAUCCCAGAGGGUAACGGAUGUUAUCUUAACUGCAUUCCAGGCAUGUGCCUGCUCCCAGGGAUGCAUGAAUAACCUGACCUUUGGGGAUGACACUUUUGGAUACUAUGAAACUAUUGGAGGUGGCAGUGGAGCAGGACCAAACUGGGACGGAACAAGUGGGAUUCAGUGUCACAUGACUAAUACUAGGAUGACCGAUCCUGAGAUUUUUGAGCAGCGGUAUCCGGUUCUUUUGCACAGGUUUGCUAUUCGAGAAAAGAGUGGGGGUGAUGGUUAUCAUACAGGGGGUGAUGGCCUUGUCCGGGAAAUAGAGUUCCGACGGCCUGUUAUAGUGAGCAUUCUCUCAGAGAGGCGAGUGCAUGCUCCAAGGGGAUUGAGGGGUGGAAAGGAUGGGGCUCGUGGGGCAAACUAUCUGAUCAGGAAAGACAAGCGAAAGGUGUAUCUUGGAGGUAAGAACACUGUCGAAGUGGAUGCAGGUGAGAUUCUUCAGAUUCUUACUCCUGGAGGUGGUGGAUUUGGCACUCCUCGCUGAUAUCUUCAUGCUGCAUUCCAGCCUUUGUCAUUCUCCUUUGCAUAUGAUUCGCCUUUUACAGGAAGAAUAGCAUCCUCUUUUCAGGAAAUGUAUGGAAAAUAAAAUUAAAGGUUGUGAAGCACUUGGGAAUUGACUUCAUUACCAAGCUCUGCCCUGCCAUGUGCUUGAUAGUUUCAUUGAAUAAAAGGCAUCAUUUAAAAAAUCCAUCAGCAAAAUCAAAAUAUGACCUUUUUUCUCCGUAUAAUCUGGAAUGCUUUUCCAUCCAGGUUUUUCAAGAUGCCCUGCUUAUCUUUAUUGGUCUUUGGCAGUCCGAUUUCUGUGUUUGCAAUUGCUGCUCAAACUAUUUUAAAGACUCAUAUCAUUACAAAAUUGAUAAUGCCAUCUAGAGCCGUCAUGCUGUAUGUCUUGUUGAUGAUUCUGCAAUAAAAUGAAUCCUUGCACCUUAUGUUAAAUUCUCCUAGCAAAUGGAAAUGUUGUUGAAGAUUUGGACAUGGACCAACAGACCUUUCAUUUGUUUACAGGUUUCAGUGGUGUGAUUUCUGAGGCAGAUGAACAAAAGAUUGAAGGCAUUCAGAGUAACAUUCUGGAUUCUGAGCAUAAAAUUCUCAAAGCAUAGCUUCCUGGGUAGAUAUAUUUGUACAAAACAUGAUGCUGCUGCAAAUUAAGGUGAUCUCUGACAGCUGCCUGCGAAAAUCUUGGAAGGUUUUUGAAAGAAACGUUGUUGGACGCACUACAGCAUCAUCGUGGAUGGAAUCUAUUUUUCAAUUUGGUUUCCAGGAAAGCACUUCCAACUUUUUUUCUCCUCUCCUAAUCAUAAUAAACUGGCAUAAACUCCACAGUAUGGGCAGGAUCAAAGUAUAUAGGUUUGUUAAGCA